GUGUGCGUGAACAAAAUGUUGUGUUCGGCUGAAGGUUUCACGUAGACGGCCGUGAAUAGUCCACUGAGCGAGAGACGCAGUAUAGUCAUGAACAGUUCUGACAAAAGUGUAUGCCGCGCCAAGCCUGCUCAUUUGAAGCCUCAGAAAUGUGGGCCUUACAGAACGUUUGAGGCGACUCUCACAUGAUGACUGUUGGACUUUGCUUGAAGUGGAAGUGAAGUUCAUGUAUACAGCAUUCUUUCGUCUUUCAAAGACGGAAACAAUAAGUUCACAGAUUUACACUGCGUAUUGACGUACACAUUGGGGCUAUAGUUUCCAUGAAAAGAAAUUUAACAGGUUCUGGAAGAGGUGGGAAUUACCCAGAACCUGAAGAGGUUUUCUGGGACCAGCAUUGGAGCCAUGAUGGCCGCCUUCGUUGCCCUUGGUUACGACUCCUUCGAGAUGGAGGACAUGUUCUCUUUCAACGUGAGCACCUUGUUUACGGAUGCCAGGUUUGGUCUAAUCGGGGCAGCCUUUAAUCUCUACCGCAAGAUGGGUGCCCAUCCUGCCAAUAAGUUGAUGGAAUAUUUCCACGAGCGAAUCUGCAAUAAAUUUGGCAAUCCAGAGCUAACAUUCCAGCAGCUCUAUCAGAAGACUGGACGGGAGUUGUGCCUGACUACCGUGUCGUUAAAUCGAUUGGGAGCUGAAUAUCUCCACGUCAAGACGACGCCAGACAUGCCGAUAGCCCUGGCUAUUCGUGCGUCUACCGCAGUGCCGGGUCUUAUGAUGCCCAUCAGAUACAAGGUAAUGUCCAAGGAAGAAGACGUAUUUGUAGACGGUGGCGUUCUCCACAAUUACCCAAUCGACUGCUUCGACGGCUGGUACUUAUCCUUGGAUCAGGAAAACAGUUUUCUCAGACGCUUUCACGACGCUCUUAGCAUCGCAUCAGACAGGUUCGCUGGCAACAACGAGAAAACGAUUGGAGCAGUGCUGUAUUCCGAAAACGAAGCCGAAUCGUUUAAGACAGCUCUAGAAGAACGCGCCAACACGCACAGAAAGGCAGAGGAUACCAUCGCCUUACCAGAUACUAAACGAAGCAGGAAGAGGUCCCAUGCGCACGAGGAGAAAUCGAGACUGUCGCUAAGCUCCAGGCAGGCACUGGCAAAGUUCGUCGCUGUCCUGAACAGACACGACAAGGACCAGAGUGGGACGAUCUCCAGACAAGAAUUCAAGGAGUCCCUUGAAGGAGCUGCUGAGUUAGCUUUCACAUGCGAAGACGCCAAGCUGCUAUUCGGUAGUGACUCGUGCAACCCAGACGCCAUCUUCGACCUUCUGGAUAUCAAUGGCAACGGAGAAAUCGAGUUCGACGAGUUGAUGGCCUUCGCCGAGAAAAAGGGCGUGGACAUGAUGGAAGCACUGCGGGGCUUUGAGCGACAAGCCGACUUCAGUCAUGUCACGGGUCUCUUCUCGGCUCUCGUAGAAACCUUAGUGGUCAAUGCGAAUCGCAUAUCUUUCAAGAAUGAAAACAUCGACCGAACGAUUGGAAUCAACACAGGAUACUUGGGAAGCACUGAUUUUCUCAUGGAACCCGACGACAGAAAAUAUAUCAUUCAGUGCGGCAAAAUGGGCACCAUCUACUUUCUGCGCGAGUACAUCAAGAGACACAACCUCCAGAAAAAGACCGAUGUGAUCGACUGUGAGGCUACGGCAGAGACGGUCGUUAGUAAAGAUGGGACUUUGAAAAGAGAAGCCACCGACGAAGCGAGUAAUAUAUGAACUGCACUGUAAAAAAAGGCACUUCAAAUUUAAACACUUUUUUGUACUUACUUAUUCUUACUUCUUUUUCUUCGUAACCCACUACAUGUUCGGUUAUUUGCAUUAAAAGGAACGUAUUUAAAUGCUAAACGCCUUUCCGUGGUACACGCUUAGCACUGUAAAAACCGCUCAGCAUUUAAACAUAAUUCUAAACACAUUUCAAUGUAAAAGAUCUUCACGUGUCGCGGACAAAAAGUGUUAAAAAGUGGGUAUUAAAGUGUUUAGAAAUGUGUUAAACUCUAAGUGCCAGUUUAACGUUUCUAAUGAAACUAAGGCCGUGUCCGAAACGGGAUUCCAGAGCUACGGCUAGGUCCAUUGUCUGCGCGUCUCCACGUAUUUUCAAUGGAGUGAAGACCCAGACCUAGCUCUAGACAACGGAUUCGGAUGGAGCCCUAGCCUGCACCGUUUCGAGCCAGUGCGUAUGCUCCUUUUCUUUGCUUUUAAAUCACCAGUGGAAGUAGUUUUCGUGGAUACUAUAGCGCAAGUGGAUCCAACGAUCUUUUGGUGACUUUGCUAAAUCAGUCCACAGUAGUUCAAAAACUCUCUUACGAAGCACAAUGAAAACACAUUGCUGUCAUCAAAUUGGAGCCAAAUUUUGUUUAUUAAAAUUGAUGGCAUUAGAAGUAAAAGAUGGAAGCAGAAUUCUUUUGCGAUUUCGGAAUAAUCUUUAAUUUUUGGACACAUAUUUGCGAUAGAAGCAAAUGGACUUUGGCUAAAUAUAAUAAUUAGAAUUUUGUGUGCUUAUUUGUAUAUUGCUCAAAUUUCAAAGGCUAAAUUACCAAAACGUUGCCCCAAUGAAUUCAUGUUAUUCUACUUGCAGUUAAAGAUUUAUCGUUAAAGAUUUAUCUUUUCUGUAAAAUGUACCCCCGAAUCGCUGUAAUUUUGCGCUUAUAUGUUGUAUGAUAUGAUAGCUAUCAUAAUCAGGCUAUGCAAUUUUAAUUGUGUUUUCCUCUCAGGAGAAACCUUUUCCAAGAACUUCCGAGAUCGUCCGAAAAUUUCGGAAUCCAUGUUGUUAACUUUCCGUUAA